AUGUCGAAUUCAUUUGGUGACGGCGAGUCGCCAGAUCCUCAUACUGAGACUUCUGCUUUUCCACCACACUCAACUGGUGAUGGCGAAUCGCACCUGAUCGUGACUGGUCUUGAGACACCUGGUAUUGCACCAGAACCACAUUCUCCAGUCGAGACCCCUGGUACUGAGGUACAUUCAUCCAUCCCAACUGCAGGCAAAAGGGAAGUCCCAACUGCUCACAGGGCCGACUGGGACAACUGGGGCGUGGAUUCGACUAAGCGGGCAGGAAAGCUCGAACAUAAUCCUUUCUCCAAAAUGCUGUUCCGUCUCAAAGGUGACAGGGCCAAGCCUGACUGGGCACCCUGGGACAACGAUGAGACCGUAGUCCAAGGGCAAACAUACGGCAACGAUCAACUAUGGUCGCUAGGACGAGUCUGCACCAAAGCGUGGGAAGAGCUUCGGGCCCAGCUACGAGGCAUCAUCUUGCAUACUCCAGGACGCUCCAACAACUCGAGCACGGCUGUGGUCCUGCAAAGUUUCCUAGUGGGCGAUGACAGAGCUCAUCUUCAGCCCACCGUUUACAUCAGCGCCAGCUCCCAUUCCUAUGCGAAGACGCUUCGGGGGGUGAUCCAGCGGAGCGGAGUGUUGGACAUAGACAACGUCCAGUUCGAUGUGAAAAUCAUGAACCAGCACCUGGAGUCCUCAGAGAGACCUAGGAUGCGGUUGGGUUUAGGACGAAUCAAGAUCCCCUCACUCGAGGUUGGCUUUAAGAAGAAUCAAGAUCCGCUCACUCGAGGUUGGCUUUAA